AUGCUGAAACUUACGGGUAGGAGGGCAACGUCUCCCGAGAAGACCUCCCAUCACCCGUGCAAUCAUCCUGAGUCGGUCGAGCUUGCUCGUGCUCAGUUUUUGGAGGAGCAAGCCUCCCCGAACUUGAUCCAAAGAUCACCCGAGAUCAGAGUACAGCGUGUCAGGGAACAGAAAGAGUUUCGCACCAGUGUCAGGAGUUCGGAGUCUGACGAUUUUCGAGACCAAGACAAAUCCAAACACAGUGCCGUCAAGACAGUUCGAUCUAUUUCUUCCUCCCUCCGUAGUCGGUUCAAGAGAGCUUUCAGUAAACCACAAGCUGGAUUGCCAGCUCAACAGCUUGAUGCAUCCAGAUUCCAUUUUGGCGACGGCACUAGUGCGUUCAGUGAGGCUGGUAAUGGUGGGUUUGAUAGCUACCUUGGUGAACAAGCGGUUGACCUACGACGUGCCAGCCUUUAUGACGAUCCAUGGCAUGAAAAGAUAGAUGACGACGAUCUAGGUCGGCUCCUGACCAUUGCACCUGUUAAUAGAAGCGAGAGUAGCUUGAGUGGCAGCUCGAAGUCGCGUGUGACCAGUUGGACAAAUACAAAUACCACUGGUUCUAUGCGAGAGACGCCACUCGAGCGAAAGAGACUGUCUGUCAUUCAGGAGGAUGGUGGUCCUCAUCAGCCUUCCUCUUCCGCGGGUAUGCAUUUGGGGGGCGUGGAUAUCUUCCGCAAGCCGCUGCCUGCGCCUCCUGGCCAGCAUCCUGACCCCCAACGCCUGUACUCUGCCCUGGUGAAAAGGAUGAACCAACAAUCAGAAGAACGGGAAGCAGAACUGGAGAGAAGGCUGGAUCAACACAGGGAGGAAGGACAGCCACUACAGACAACUCCUACUGAUCAGUCUUAUCAGACGAUUUGUGCCGUCAGAGCUUCGAUUAGCGCUGAGCCAUCUGAUCUGGAGCGACUAACUGUACUUUCUGCUGGUUCAGGCGUUGUAGACCACGAGCGGACAAAGAGGACAGAUCUGCUUGCGUGGAAUCCUAGCGAGGAAAGUGUUUACUCCCGAAAAACAGGUAGCGACCCAGACCUACUUUAUCGAAAAUGCAAUACUAGCGAGCAGACCAUAGACAGCAAAGUUGAGACCACCACGGCUGAUUAUGCUAGAGCUUACCAGUUGACCAUCAAGACAAAUCCUUACCUUGACUCAAAAGUCGACCUUGACUCAGCAGAAGUGCAGGAGAAAUGUGAGCCUCGAGAGAAGCAGUCUGCUAGCAAUGCUUUUUCGGCGCACACACGACAGAGGUCCAUUCGUGAUGUAGAGUAUCAUGUGAUACCAGAGAAGGAUUGUAUGAAAGAUCAGACAGCCGCCGCAACGGAGGGAAAAUCUUUAAAGGCUGCAACACAUGUCCGGGAAAACGCAUGUCAUGGAGACACACCACCGAGAAAAGCUUCCGAGCAGCUUGAAGAUAUUGCCAGAGAUGACAUUGAAGGGGACGGCAGACGCAAGGAGAAUAGUGGUACAAGGAUGCUUACACCAUCUUCGAAGGUACCUGAACAGCUUUGUGUAGCGAAGAAGCGGUUCCCACUGCUGAACGUCAAGCAUGUGUCGAAAAACAACACUCCGGUGCCGAGUCAAAACAGCAGCCUCACACGCAGCCAGAGUGGGCUACUCCAGCAGGUAGGCGCUGAGCAGGGACAACAAUCAGGUGUGAGCAAACAUGAGAAAGAAAGUAAAAUUGCUGCUUCACUGCGCAAGAUUUCACCUGAGAACGUUGCGAAUGUGCUCCGCAGCACGAAGAGCCUGGCUAAUCUCAAUCACAAGAAGUCUAACAAGGAAAACAGACAUAGUCCACACCCUGCAAUCAUGGAGUCUGAUGAGGAAGAACAGCAUGCCGCCAGUACUCCUGGUCCCGCAUACCUUGCGAUGAGGUCAGGCAAUAGCGGUAGUGGUGACCGGAAAGGUCGAAGGUAUGCCAGCAAAAAUGCUCACAAUGACAGUCCAACAGACUUGGUUAAAGCCACACUGUCAGCCAGACUCAGCAGACCGUUCAACAUGGAUACACCAGAACUCAACCGUCCCUUCGACAGUAUGUAUCUAGGAAAGCGCGAGACCGGCUUCCCUGAUUCUAGUGGACGACUCAGCACUACUCAAGCAAACACACAGACUCAAAGCCAUGGCUACAAUAAACGUCGCAGCUUUGAACGAGGACCAGGAGGGUACGGUGGCCUCGGACCCUCGCCAUUUGACGGGCAGACUGCUGCUCGGCCAGAAGGAGAAGAAGAAACGGCUCUGCCACAUGUGCCGACACCCGAAAACCAAGGAAGGGACAAUACGAAGAGGCUGGGAAAGUCAAUGAGCACAAAACGCAUGGUAAGUAACUUCUUGAGAAGUAGACGAAAAGCUGGCAACAGUGGGGAAGACGAUUGUGACGCUAACAAGGAGGAAGACAUAAGCAACAAAGCAGUUUUGGAAACACCACCCAAGAGCAGCCCUCUUUUUAUCUAA